CGGGUGUCCCCAGAGACCGAGCGGCUGCUGGGCGGCGGGCCCGGGUACGGCACGGCCGGGACGGCGCCGGUACCGGGGGACGAGGAGGAGGAAGAUGAGGAGGAAGAGCUGCGGCGGCGCCUCAAGUAUUUCUUCAUGAGCCCCUGUGACAAGUACCGGGCCCGCGGCAGGCGGCCCGUCAAACUGGCACUGCAGCUUGCCAAGAUCGUCCUCGUCACCGUGCAGCUGAUCCUGUUCGGGCUCAGUAACCAGCUGGUGGUGGCCUUCAAGGAGGACAACACGGUGGCCUUCAAGCACCUGUUCCUCAAGGGCUACGAGGACGGCGCCGAUGACACCCAGGCCACCUACACCCGCGGGGACCUCCUGGAGAACCUGGCCUUUGUCCUCGAGAAGGUGACACGGGGACACCGGGAGCGGCUGGGGACACCGGGAGGG